AACUGACCCGGUUUCAUCGACGUGGUCUCGGUAGUAAAGGCACCGAUUACAGAAGUGGAGGAGGAGGAGGAUUCCUAAAGAUUUCCAGCCUCAGAAUCGGAGCAGCACCUGCGGACAGGUCCAGGAUUUUCAGGAGUUUUUGGGUUGUUUUUAUUUUACCUCCUCCACUAUGGCUGAGACUGAAGGAAAAUUUGACUUUGCCAUAGACCGCGGUGGCACUUUCACUGAUGUGUUUGCCCGGUUGCCCGAUGGUCGUGAAAGAGUCCUGAAACUGCUUUCCCGAGACCCACAGAACUAUAAAGACGCUCCCACUGAAGGCAUCCGCAGAGUCCUGGAAGAGGAAACAGGACGGGCCUUUCCUCGCGAUCAGCCUGUGGACACCUCACUCAUCGGCUGGAUCAGAAUGGGCACGACGGUGGCGACCAACGCGUUACUGGAGAGAGAGGGAGAGAGAACGGCUCUCCUGGUCACGAAGGGCUUUAAGGACCUGCUGCACAUUGGCACACAGGCCAGACCGAAGCUGUUUGAUCUGGAGGUCGCAGUGCCUGAAGUGCUGUACGAGGAGGUGAUAGAGGUGGAUGAGCGCGUCGUCCUCAGGCGAGAUGGCUGCCAGCUGCCCAGGAAGGAUCCCAAGCGUGUUGUCACAGGCAGCACUGGGGAUUCUCUGGAGGUGUGGAAGGAGCUCGAUCUGAAGCACGUCGAGAAGGAGCUGAGAGGAGUCCUGUCCCGUGGGAUCACCAGUGUGGCUGUGCUCCUGCUGCACUCGUACACGUGGUCCGAUCAUGAGAAAGCUGUGGGCGCCCUGGCUCGCUCUCUGGGCUUCACCCAGGUGUCUCUGUCCAGCGAGGUCAUGUCCAUGGUGCGGGCGGUGCCUCGGGGUUACACCGUCUGCGCCGACGCCUACCUCACACCCAACAUCCGUCAGUAUUUGAAAGGCUUCACCUCUGGAUUUAAGGGUGGACUGAAGGACGUGGAUGUCUUGUUCAUGCAGUCAGAUGGCGGUCUGACUCCCAUGGAGAAGUUCUGUGGUUCACGGGCCAUUCUCUCUGGCCCCGCCGGGGGUGUGGUGGGCUAUGCCGUCACCUCUUUCAGCCAGAUGGAGGAGAAACCUGUGAUUGGCUUUGACAUGGGUGGAACCUCCACAGAUGUGAGUCGAUACGCUGGCCAGUACGAACAUGUGUUCGAGGCCACCACAGCUGGAGUCACCCUGCAAGCACCGCAGCUGGACAUCAACACUGUGGCUGCAGGAGGAGGAUCCAGACUCUUCUUCAGAUCAGGGAUGUUUGUGGUUGGACCAGAGUCUGCAGGAGCACAUCCAGGACCAGCGUGCUACAGGAAAGGUGGCCCUCUGACCGUGACCGAUGCCAACUUAGCCCUUGGACGACUCCUCCCUUCAUUUUUCCCAAAGAUCUUUGGGCCCGGCGAGGACGAACCACUGUCCACCGAGGACACCAUGAAGCACUUCCGUCUUCUCACCCAAGAGAUCAACGUCUUCUUGUCCUCCAACCAGUCACAGGUGACCACAAACAACCAUACGGUGUCCAACGGUGAUUCGGGGAUGAGCGUGGAGGAGGUCGCCAUGGGAUUCAUUCGUGUCGCGAAUGAGGCCAUGUGCCGGCCAAUCAGAGCACUGACACAGGCGAAAGGCCACGAUACGUCUCAGCAUGUGUUAGCUUGUUUCGGCGGUGCAGGUGGACAACAUGCUUGUGCUAUUGCCCGAGCACUGGGGAUGAAGACUGUAUUUAUACACAAGUACAGUGGCGUACUCUCAGCUUACGGCCUGGCUCUCGCUGACGUGGUGGAGGAGGUGCAGGAGCCGUGCUCGCUGCAGUACGAAGCGCGCUGUUUCGUCGAGCUUGACCGGAGGGUGGAGCAGCUCUCGAAGCGCUGCCGCGACACACUCUGUGCGCGGGACUUCAACAGCGAUCAGAUAACCAUCGAGGUCUUCCUCCACCUGCGUUACGAGGGCACCGACUGUGCGCUCAUGGUCACCGCUGCCGGUUACCCCAGCGACGCACAGUCCUGUCAAGCAGGAGACUUUCGCAGUGCCUUCACCAAACGUUACUUGAAGGAAUUUGGAUUCACCAUCCCAGACAGACCCAUCAUGGUGGAUGACAUCAGAGUGAGGGGCUGUGGAAAAUCGGGUAUCAAAUCUGUGUAUAAAACAAAGAUGGGAUCCAAACAUGCCAAGCCUGUCACGAUGACCAAGUGUUACUUUGAAGAUGGUUACCUGGACACUAGCGUGUAUCUGUGGGAGGAGCUACCAUGUGGUGACAGCAUCCAGGGACCAGCCAUCAUCAUUGACAAGAACAGCACCAUCCUGGUGGAGCCAUGCUGUGAGGCCCAUCGGACAGAAGGGGGCGAUGUUUGCAUUGCUGUUGGAUCGGACCCUCACUGUGCCCUGGGCACUGAGCUCAACACUGUGCAGCUCUCCAUCUUCUCCCACCGCUUUAUGAGCAUAGCAGAACAGAUGGGCCGAGUUCUCCAGAGAACCUCCAUUUCGACCAACAUCAAGGAACGCCUCGACUUCUCCUGCGCCGUGUUCGGACCGGACGGCGGUCUGGUGUCCAACGCACCUCACAUACCCGUUCACCUGGGUGCCAUGCAAGAGACUGUCCAGUACCAGAUCAGAACACUGGGGAACGAGCUGAGAGAAGGGGAUGUCCUCCUGAGUAACCACCCAUGUGCCGGAGGCAGCCAUCUUCCGGACCUCACUGUCAUCACACCAGUGUUCAGGAAGGAGCUGAGCAAGCCGGUGUUCUUUCUGGCCAGCAGAGGGCACCAUGCCGACAUAGGUGGCAUCACUCCAGGCUCCAUGCCCCCUCAUUCCACAACCCUUGAGCAGGAGGGCGCCGUCUUCACGUCUUUCAAACUUGUCACUGGCGGGGUCUUCCAGGAAGAAGCUGUAACUGAAGCGCUGAUGGCUCCGGCCCAGUACCCAGACUGCUCUGGGACUCGUAAUCUCCAUGACAACCUGUCAGACCUGCGGGCUCAGGUGGCAGCCAAUCAGAGAGGCAGCCAGCUGGUGGGGGAGUUGAUUGACAGCUAUGGACUGGCUGUGGUCCAAGCCUACAUGGGGUACAUUCAGAGUAAUGCAGAGCUCGCAGUGAGGGACAUGCUGAGAGACUUUGCACGUUGUCGACGGCAACAGACUGGAUCCUUGGAGGUGGAGUCGGAGGAUUUCAUGGAUGACGGGACGCCAAUCAGGCUGCGAGUCCAAAUUAAUGAAGAAGAGGGCAGUGCUGUGUUUGAUUUCUCGGGAACUGGGACAGAGGUGUGGGGGAACUGCAAUGCUCCUCGGGCUAUCACCCUCUCUGCCCUCAUCUACUGCCUGCGCUGCAUGGUCGGACAGGACAUCCCACUCAACCAGGGUUGUCUCGCGCCAAUCAAAGUCAUCAUCCCUCCUGGCUCGAUCCUCCAGCCUUCCCAGAAUGCAGCUGUGGUUGGAGGAAAUGUUCUCACAUCCCAGAGAGUGGUCGAUGUCAUCUUUAAGGCAUUUGAAGUAUGCGCCGCUUCGCAGGGCUGCAUGAACAACAUUUCAUUUGGCACAGAGAAUGUUGGUUACUAUGAAACGGUUGCCGGGGGAGCAGGGGCAGGGCCAGGCUGGAACGGGCGGAGUGGAGUUCACAGUCACAUGACCAACACCCGCAUCACUGACCCCGAGAUCCUGGAGAAGAGGUAUCCGGUGAUUUUAGAGCAGUUCUCGCUGCGGCCCGACUCGGGAGGCGCAGGGAAGCACUGCGGUGGAGACGGUGUGAUCCGGAAACUUCUGUUCAGGAACAAGGUGGUUCUGUCUGUACUCACCGAGAGACGGUCCACUCGACCCUACGGUCUCAAAGGGGGAGAGGAUGGUGCAGCAGGACUGAACCUGCUCCACAGGGCAGACGGCAGACAGCUCAACCUGGGAGCCAAAAUCAGCAUCCCGCUACAGCCUGGGGACAUGUUCUGCCUCUACACUCCCGGUGGCGGAGGAUAUGGAGGAGAGGAGGAAACCAGCAACAAACCUAAGCCAAAGCACAGGCGCUUGAAUGAGAAUUUUCUGGAGAGAGGCAGCGUAUUCGAAUACCGGAUGGCACAAGAGGGAGUGUGAGAAGGAAUAAGAAAUCAGGAGAUGAGUCGGAGGAGAUCAGGGAAAACACGCACACAGUGAAAAAUGAAAAAUAGCAGCAACAGGUUUAAUCCCAGUACAAUGAUGAAUUAAGACUUAGAUUGUAGGCCAGUGAUAUUUUAACAGUUUCUACUUUGUACUUUUUCAGUAAGCACCACUCUUGUAAUAGACCUUUAACUUACAUCUAUUAUCUAUGGUGCUCAUCCUAGCUGUUAGGAUUGAACACUUUGGGAAAAAAAGGCACAAUUUAAAAAACGACUGAAAUACAAACACCACACCUGUUAAUUUAACAACACAAUUAAACCCAGUUUCUGCUGA